AUGUCGGCGCUCUCCAGCCGCGCGGCGGUGGGCCAGAGGGUCCGCGCUCGCGUCGCGGUCCCGUCGGCCACGUCCCCUUCGUCGCGCCGCCCUCUCCGCGUCGUCGCCGAGGACUUCCCCCAGCCCGCGCAGAUCAAGAACACGGACAACUACCGCGACGGUGAGGCCCUGUCCAAGAAGUUCAAGGAGCUCAAGGGCAUGGGCGAGAAGAAGAAGGUUGUCAUCGUGGGCGGCGGCCUCUCCGGCCUGGCGUGCGCCAAGUACCUCGUCGACGCGGGCCACGAGCCCAUCGUGCUCGAGGGCCGCGACGUGCUUGGCGGCAAGGUGUCCGCGUGGAAGGACAAGGACGGCGACUGGAUCGAGACCGGCCUUCACAUCUUCUUCGGCGCCUACCCCAACAUGAUGAACCUCUUCGCCGAGCUCGACAUCGAGGACCGCCUCCAGUGGAAGGUGCACAAGAUGAUCUUCGCCAUGCAGGAGCUCCCCGGCGAGUUCACCACCUUCGACUUUGUCAAGGGCAUCCCCGCGCCCUUGAACUUCGGCCUCGCCAUCCUCCUCAACCAGAAGAUGCUCACGCUCGGCGAGAAGCUCCAGACCGCGCCGCCUCUGAUCCCCAUGCUCAUCGAGGGCCAGGACUUCAUCGACGAGCAGGACGAGCUCUCCGUCCUCGACUUCAUGCGCAAGUACGGCAUGCCCGAUCGCAUCAACGAGGAGGUGUUCAUCUCCAUGGCCAAGGCGCUCGAUUUCAUCGACCCCGAUAAGCUCUCCAUGACCGUCGUGUUGACCGCCAUGAACCGUUUCCUCAACGAGACCGACGGGCUGCAGAUGGCCUUCCUCGACGGCAACCAGCCCGACAGGCUCUGCGCGCCGAUGGUGGACCACAUCAAGGCUGGCGGCGGCGACGUCAAGCUGAAGCAGCGCGUCAAGGAGUUCGUGCUCAACGACGACGGCAGCGUCAAGUGCCUCAAGAUGGUGUCCGGCGAGGAGAUCGUCGCGGACGAGUACGUCUCCGCGGUGCCCGUGGACAUCAUGAAGAGGAUGAUGCCCAAGCAGUGGGGCACCAUGCCCUUCUUCCACCAGAUCCAGGAGCUCGAGGGCAUCCCCGUCAUCAACAUCCACCUCUGGUUCGACCGUAAGCUCAAGAACGUGGACCACCUCUGCUUCUCCAGGUCCCCGCUCCUCUCUGUCUACGCCGACAUGUCCACCACCUGCAAGGAGUACUACGACGAGGAGAAGUCCAUGCUCGAGCUCGUCUUUGCGCCGUGCUCGCCACUCGCCGGCGGCAAAACCAACUGGAUCGCCAAGUCCAACGAGGAGAUCGUGGAGGCGACCAUGAAGGAGCUCGAGAGGCUCUUCCCGCUCGAGAUCGGACCCAAGUCCCCCGACGGCGUCGGCGCCAAGCUCCUCAAGCACGCGGUGGUCAAGACGCCCAGGUCCGUGUACGCCGCCAUCCCGGGCCGGAACAAGUACCGCCCCUCGCAGGCGACGCCAAUCUCCAACUUUACCCUCGCGGGCGACUGGACAAGCCAGAAGUUCCUCGGGUCGAUGGAGGGCGCCGUGCUCGCGGGUAAGCUCGCGGCGGAGGUGGUCACCGAUAAGGCUGUGUACGGGGCGCCCACCAAGGGCCUCAAGAAGAUUGUGCCGGAUGUCAUCGCGGAGGCGAGGAAGCUCCAGGAGAAGGAGCCGGUGGGUGUGACCGGGGAGUCCGAGGUUUCCUUCGGCGGCGGAUGCGUGAUGGAGGAUGCGGACGAGAAGGAGCUCGCGGUGCUCGACCCGGAGCAGAUGGUGAAGCUCGAGGGCGCGCCCGCCCGCUAAUUCACCGACACGUCGACCGCAAUACCCUGUCUUGCCGUAAAUUUUAUCAUAAUACGAUUCUUUCUUCGCAA